AUGAACUUUGAUCAGCUAACGGAAGAGCAGAAACAACAGCUAUACUUGCAGCACUUGCAACAGCAGCAGCAACAACAACAGCAGCUACGACUACAACAACAGCAGCAACAGCAGCAGCUACGACUACAGCAGCAGCAGCAGCAGCAGCAGUAUUCAUACGCUCAGCAUCAAACACCGGUGUACAAUAAUGAACAGCCAAACACUAAUCAGACCUAUGAAAACCAUCAUGACGAAAGCUAUAUGGAUGAGGACACCACUCAACUUCUUGAUGAACGCCCACAAUCACCGCUGCAGUUACAUAUGAAGGAACAGCAGCAGCAGCAGCAGCAGCAGCAGCAGCAGCAGCAGGUUUUCACUCAAGACAUGGCAAGUGGUGGCGCAACGAAUACUAUGCCUUCUCCAACAUUUGUCCAACUGGGGAGCUUUGAGCAAGAGAAGUACUCAACUGGGUAUAGCAAUAGCAGCAAUGGAAAAGGUGUACAGUUUAGCUCUAUUGAUUCCAUGAAUUUCCAACCGCCUAGUAAUAAUUUUACUCAGUUGAAUAAUAGUAGCAAUACUAAUCUUUCAGAAAUGAGCAGUGGCAAUUCCGUGUUAUCAAGUUCAAAUUUGCAAAGUAUUCAAGAUCUUGCACCCUCGCGUUCGGCAGGAGCAUCAUCAACUGGAGCAGCAGUUACCCCUACUACAACAGGAGCAGGAGCAGAAGCAGGAGCAGGAACAGCAGGAGCAGGAGCAGGAGCAGGAGCAGGAGCAGGAGCAGGAACAGGAGGAGCAGAAGCAGGAGCAGCAUCAGUUCCACAGCAUCAAUAUCAGCAACAAUAUCAGCAGGCACAACAAUUAAAUAUGAACAAUAGCGCCAAUGUCAACUUGGUUCCAUCAAGGGCAGCGAUGAACUCAGCAACAUCGUCAGCAACGGCUCCGUCUCAUACUCCCAACCCUCCACCAUCUUCAAACUAUGUUUUUUUCAAUCGACAACCACAUCUGUUACCUACAGAAAUUCAAGAUCGUGGCAAAGCUAUCAAGUUGAAGAUAGAGAAUUUUUAUACUAUGGCGGUGAACCAUGCAAUCGAAAGAAAUCAACGAAGAAUGAGUAUGGAACAGAUAUUGAUUGAUGAAGGGGCGAACGUUUCAGAAGAGCGCAAAAAUCGCCAUAUUCAAAACUAUAGUAAGAAAGAAACGCAAUUUUUGAGAUUGAGAAGAACCAAAUUGUGCCUUGAGGAUUUUGAAACAAUUAAAGUUAUUGGAAAGGGGGCAUUUGGAGAAGUUCGACUAGUGCAAAAGAAAGAUAGUGGCCAUGUUUACGCGAUGAAGACAUUAUUGAAAUCGGAAAUGUACAAGAAAGACCAACUAGCUCACGUCAAAGCCGAAAGGGACGUUCUUGCAAAUAGUGACUCUCCUUGGGUUGUUUCAUUGUAUUAUUCGUUUCAAGAUUCCCAGUAUCUUUACUUGAUUAUGGAGUAUUUGCCAGGUGGCGAUUUAAUGACGAUGUUGAUUAGAUGGCAAAUAUUCACUGAGGAUAUUACCAGGUUCUAUAUGGCUGAAUGUGUUUUGGCUUUGGAAGCAAUUCAUAGGUUGGGGUUCAUUCAUCGUGAUAUCAAGCCGGAUAAUAUUUUGAUUGAUAAGCGAGGUCAUAUAAAAUUGAGUGAUUUUGGGUUAUCUACAGGGUUUCACAAAACUCAUGAUUCAAAUUAUUACAAGAAGUUGUUGGAAGAAAAUCCAACGAAUCCAUUACAAGCCAAUCAACUCACUAGUGGAGGAGGAGGAAAUAUUAGUGGUGCUUCUGGUUUUUCUCCUACGGGAAGAAACUCGAUGAUGGUAGAUGCUAUCCACUUGACAAUGACGAAUCGUCAGCAAAUGCAAACUUGGAGAAAAUCACGUAGAUUGAUGGCGUAUUCCACUGUGGGUACACCGGAUUAUAUAGCACCAGAAAUUUUUGUUCAUCAAGGGUAUGGACAGGAAUGCGAUUGGUGGUCUUUGGGUGCAAUUAUGUUUGAGUGUUUAGUUGGGUGGCCACCAUUUUGUGCUGAGACGCCGCAUGAAACGUAUAGGAAGAUUAUCAAUUGGCAAGAAUCGUUGCAAAUACCUGAUGACGUGCAUUUGUCACCUGAGGCGGAAGAUUUAAUCAGGAGGUUAUUAACAUCUAGUGACCAGAGAUUAGGAAGAUAUGGCGGGUCUGAAGAGAUAAAGAAGCAUCCCUUUUUUCGUGGUGUUGAUUGGGACUCAAUUCGCAGAGUUGAUGCACCAUUUAUACCAAAAUUGAAAUCGAUUACUGAUACGAGAUUUUUCCCAACAGACGAGUUGGAGAAUAUACCUGAUAAUCCCGUUUUGACCAAAGCUAUGGAGCAACGAGAGUUGGAUGCAAAGAACGGUGGUGGUACAGGUAGAACGCCAAAGGAGGAUUUACCUUUUAUUGGUUAUACCUAUUCGAGAUUUGACUACUUGACAAAAAAAAACGCAUUGUAG